CGUGGGAUUGCCAGCCGAUCGAUCGUUAUGUAGCCGAUGGCCCGAACUUUUCGAUUUCAUCAACUUCACCCUCAUUUAACAACGUCGUUGAGGGAUUUCAAAAUAUUUGUCACAGAACAUGGCCACUAGCGCAAGUCCUGGGGCAUCAAAGGCAUCAAGGUCACGCUUCGGCUGUCGCACUUGUCGGGCGCGGAAAGUCAAGUGUGACGAGCGACCGGGAGAGUGUGGUAAUUGUGUUAGACUACGCUUAGUGUGCCUAGGCUAUGGUACAUCACCAAGGCAUCAAGCUCGAGACACUUCACAAGACGUGACGGUCAGCUCCAAAAGAAAAAGGACAUAUCGAUCUUGUACUGCUUGCCGCGCCUCCAAAACGAAAUGUUCAGGAGAGCGCCCAGCAUGCCGGAGGUGUCAAAACAAGGCUGUCGCAUGUGCCUAUUCCGAAUCUUCCCAACCUAGUUGGGUAGAACGUGUUGAAGCCACACCACAGAAUAGUUAUAAUCUUCUCCUCACCCCAGACAAUGAUAUUCGUGGCGGAACAUCCGGAAAUCUUUUUCAGUCAACUCCAACAGAAGUCGUUGAAAAGCAAGGCACGCCACAAUCCCCAUGCCCAUCAUAUCAUCACUCAUAUGAAACGGAAACGGUCGGGUCGCAGAUACCAUCGCUAGCUUGGAUAAAUGCACGUCAAUUACCAAGCCCUUGGCACAUAAGACUGCUUGUCGAGGAAUACUUCAACAACAUCCACCCCCUACGCUGCUUUGCUUUCAUUCACCGGCCUACAUUCCUGCAGAGACUUGAUAAAAGCAGUCAAUAUCAGCAUAAUGCCCUGCUCCAUAUAAUCUGUGCUCUUGGUGCCCAAUUCCAUGCACUUUCCUACAGUGAGACGGUAUCGCCACUUCCGUCGAAAUUUGUUUUAUUGGCAGGGAAUGAGUGGGCAAAGUCUGCCCAAAGACUUAUACUCCAGUCGCUAGAUGCUGUCACAAUCGAGAACUUGAGGGCAGCGGUACUUUUAAGCGACUAUGCCAUCCGCAUGGGCAAUUUUGCAAAUGCCUUCAUGCUUAGUGGUAUCAUUACGCGCAUGACCCAAGCGUUGCAAAUCAACCUGGAGUACAAUACAGAUCUUCUCUGCCAGAAUAAUGAAAUUGGCCCCUCCAUCACUGCCAGGGAAUCUCGUCGGCGGCUAAUGUGGAGUUGCUAUGUGAUGGACGCUCUGGUUGGAAGUGGAGUUGAUCAACUGACAUUGAUUGACGAGAAGGACAUGAAAAUUCAGCUACCUUGCAACGAGCGAAAUUUCACUCAGCAGAUUCCAUGCCUCACAGAAACACUCGAGCCUGGAAGCUGGCUGACGUUUGUUCCCCAAGAAGCUGACCACAGCACGAUUCUGCCGAACAUGGGAAUCAUGGCAUACUUUGUUCGGCAUGUUGCCGUUCGCAAAAGGGUCCUAAGGUAUAUCAAACAUCUCGAUCAUGCCAUGGUCCCGUGGGAUCCUAAGUCAGAAUUUGCAACGUUGGAUGCAGACUGUCGCGAAUGGUACGAAUCAUUACCGCCGAGUAUGCAGUUCACACCCAAUGCAAUAUACAUUCGAAAAGAUUCUGCGCAACUUGGGGCUCUUUGCGUCUUACAUUGUGCGCAUUACCAAACGAUAUGUGAUUUAUACCGAUUAGGUGCCCCAGCACUUUACAAGUUGCGAGCUGCCUUUGAAUUUCCACCUCAACAACAAGAUUUCCUGAGACACCUACAACAAGUUCUCUUUGAUGCGGCGAGGACACUAGCGAGCAUUAUUGGGGAGACAGCCCACCAUGGUUCGCGCAUGCUGGCAGAUUCUUGGCUUCCCACUAUCACAUAUGACAGCUGUCGAAUCAUGGUUUACCAUUUGACCCAAAUUCUGGACCCACGUGCUGAAGAAACGAAAAGGUUCACCAUCGAGACGAUUCCUCUCCUACGAAGUAAUAUCAAUUGUCUAAAACUCAUGGGAUCCCUUAGCAUGAUUUCAAACUCUUUGUGCAUUGCGGCUGAAAAAAUGCUUGACCGUUCGGGUAUAGGUUCAGAUGUUGUAGCUCAAGACAGCAUACCUGAUGAUCCUUACCAGCCUCAUGGAGAAGAGGAGCAGACUGAGAGCGUUCCGGGAACGCCAGUCCAGAGUGCACCUGACUACGUUUUGAAUCCGCUGUCCAUAUUUCGCAUGGCACGCAAGUCUAUCCCCGAAAGACACGCUCCUGAAAAGGCCACGACCUCCUCGGCUCCCAAUAGUGCAAAGCCCAAUUCGACCACUUAUACAGAUCCGCCUUCGGGUGGCGCUAUACAGCAAGCGGUAGACACAGGUACCUCCCACGAUCCCGAAGUUGGUUUGGGCCAGGCCAGCCUCGAAGAGCUCCAGACAUUGUUCAUGUCCGACUUGGGCUGGGCAUGGCAACCAGCAGAUACAGCCGUUGGCUCUGGUAUCGAGGCAGCCGGACUAUUGCCGUGGGCUGGUGGCUUUUCUACCACCCAGGCAGAACCGUGGGUACCUGCAUUUCCGUUCUCGCAACAGACCUAA